AGAGUUGAAACAUAGGUGGUAGAAUCACAAAUAAGAUUGCAGGCUUCAUGUUCUUCAAAUAGUUCUAUUGAUUUGAUCAGUUUGGCUGUCAGUGUAGAAAAGCUGAACCCUUUAGUGUGGAUCAUUCUUUAUCUUUGGAGGUUGUGGCCUUUUCUGCUCCACCACUUCUUCUCUCAGCUCAACUUGUGAUCCAUAUAGCCUUCUCAUGCUGACAUCCAAAUCAGAAAGAAACAUAUCAUGUUUCAAGUUGUCUCCAAUAAUUCUGCCUCGAAUGAAUCUUUCUAUUAAGAAGCAGAAAAGAUGUAAACACAUGCCACCACCACCACCACCACCUUUUAUUCAUUUCUCUCAGCCACAAUUCUGUCAUCAAUGGCUUUAUCUGAAAGAAAGUGAGCUGGUACUGUAUUUGCUUGCAUAGAAGAAAUUUUGGUAGAUGAUGAUGACUUUGGAAUAACUCGAAGAAAGAUAAAAGAAGUUAUGGGGUGAUGAUGCCAUGAAAAUGCUACUGCAGAAAGUCUAGGAGUUUUCUCCUCUCUCUCUCAAUGUGAGAGUUGUUCAAAGGACCAAAAACAGAACAUAACCUGAUGAAUGAAACAGAUGAUGUUGUAAUGUUUGUUAAUGCGGGAGGCCACGAGAUACAAGGCCAAGAUUCCCGUGUGAGGAUUGAGGGCGAUUCUUGCUUUCAAGGUGGAGAUGUAAUAGAGACCAACGAGAUGAUAAUAGAAGGUGGCGACUGCCCAUCUCUUUAUCAGUCUGCCCGGUAUGGAGACUUCUGCUACAAGUUUGAUAGUCUUGCUCCUGGGGACUAUUUCAUGGACUUGCAUUUCGCGGAGAUCGUCAAUACAAAUGGUCCUAAAGGAAUUAGGGUGUUCAAUGUAUUUGUGCAAGAAGAGAAGAUAUUGUCUGGGCUUGAUAUAUUCUCUGUUGUUGGAGCUAAUAAGCCACUGCAGCUAGUUGAUCUCAGAGUUUCUGUGGUGGAUGAUGGGAAUAUUUUGGUAAGAUUUGAGGGACUUAGUGGGACUCCAACAGUUUGUGGGAUUUGCAUCAGAAAAGCACCAGCCUUAUCAGACUUGGCGAAACCUGAACAUCUUACAUGUAUCAAAUGUGCCACUGAGAUAGAGGUUUCUCCACUUAAGAAUAAAUUUCAAAAUAGAAACAUUGCUCAGUACGAGAAGAAAAUACAGGAGCUAACCAGUGAAUGUAAAAUGAAAUCUGAUGAGUGUUAUGAAGCUUGGAUGUCACUGACAGAUGCAAAUGAGCAGCUGCGAAGGCUGAACAUUGAGCUUGACAAUAAGCUCUUCCAAAAUGAAACACUUGAACAAAAUCUCGAAAGAGAGAUGGAGAAAUUUAGAGAUACCUCUGAAAGGUACAAGAAUGAUAAGAAGCUUUGGUCCGCUGCAAUCGCUAAUCUGGAAAAAAAGAUUAAGGCCAUAAAAGAAGAGUACACUCAACUUUCUCAAGAUGCACAUGAUUGUGCCAACUCAAUUCCAAAUCUGAAUAAGAUGACCAUUGCGGUUCAGGCCCUAGUUGCACAAACUGAAGAUCUUAAAUUGAAGUACAGCGAGGAGAUAGCCAAGAGAAAAAAGCUAUAUAACCAAAUCCAGGAGGCAAAAGGGAAUAUCAGGGUGUUCUGUAGGUGUCGUCCUUUGAGUAAGCAGGAGGUUUCAAUUGGUCACAAUGCUGUUGUAGAUUUUGAUGCAGCAAAGGAUGGUGAAAUUGGAAUUAUGAAUGGUGGAGCGACAAAAAAAAGCUUCAAGUUUGAUCGGGUCUAUACUCCAAAGGAUAAUCAAGCUGACGUUUACGCGGAUGCUUCACCCUUGGUCACAUCAGUCCUUGAUGGCUACAACGUGUGCAUAUUUGCAUAUGGGCAGACUGGAACAGGGAAGACUUUCACAAUGGAAGGAACUGAGCAAAAUAGAGGAGUUAAUUACAGAACGCUGGAGGAGUUGUUUAAAAUAGCUGAGGAACGGAAUGAGACGUAUUCCUAUAACCUUUCUGUGAGUGUUCUGGAGGUGUACAAUGAGCAAAUCAGAGACCUGUUGGCAACAUCUCCAUCAACAAAAAAGUUGGAGGUAAGGCAGGCAGCUGAAGGGUUUCAUCAUGUGCCAGGGAUAGUAGAAGCUAAGGUUGAAAACAUAAAGGAGGCUUGGGAUGUCCUGCAAGCUGGGAGUAACGCCAGAUCUGUUGGAUCUAACAAUGUGAAUGAGCAUAGCAGCCGAUCGCACUGCAUGCUUUGUAUAAUGGUGAGAGCAAAAAACUUAAUGGAUGGAGUCUGCACAAAAAGCAAGCUUUGGCUUGUGGACUUGGCUGGAAGUGAGAGGCUGACAAAGACAGAUGUACAGGGGGAGAGGCUUAAGGAAGCCCAGAACAUUAAUAGGUCACUCUCUGCCCUCGGCGAUGUCAUUUCUGCUCUUGCUACCAAAAACAACCACAUUCCUUACAGGAAUUCCAAGCUGACACAUUUACUGCAAGAUUCACUAGGAGGUGAUUCGAAAGCUUUGAUGCUUGUACAAAUUAGCCCCUCAGAGAACGACCUAGGAGAAACUGUCAGUUCUCUGAAUUUUGCAAGUCGAGUACGGGGAGUAGAAUUGGGUCUUGCAAAGAAGCAGGUUGACACAGUUGAGUUGCAAAAGAUGAAACAGAUGAUUGAUAAAGUAAGGCAGGAAUCUAGAACUAAGGAUGAGUCAUUGAGGAAGCUUGAAGAGAACUUUCAAAAUCUAGAGAACAAACUGAAAGAAAAAGAACAGCUUUGCAGGACUCUCCAGGAAAAGAACAAAGAGCUCACAAACCAACUGGAGUCUAACACAGAAUCACAAAGUUUGUCAGAGAGAAAACAGUGGCAACUCAUAGAGAAAUUGAAUGGGAAGGAAGAAGCUUAUGCUGUGCUUCAGCAAAAAGUAAAAGAGAUGGAGUGUAAAUUCAAGGAUCAGCAACACUCUGAAUCUGUUAUUCUUCAGCUAAAGGUUAAAGAGCUUGAAUGCAAACUUAAAGAACAAGCACACUCUGAAAAUGUAGCUGCACAGAAGGUUAAGGAAUUAGAGUACAAACUAAAAGAAAGACUACAAUUUCAGUUGAAUCUUGAACAAAAAGUCAAAGAGCUGGAAAACAAGCUAAGAGAACAGAAAGAAGAACAAGACUCCAUGUUACUAUUACAGUCAGCAGAUAGAUCAAGAAUUGCAACACCAAUAGAAGGAAGAUCAUUUUCGAGUAAUGAAUCAACAAGUCAUACAGACCCUCAGAUACUGAGAAAUUCAAACUCCUUAAACAAGCCAAUGACAAGUCAGUUUUCCUUCUUACUUAAAGGAGUAGAAUCUCUUCAUGAGAUCAAAAGGAAAAGAGACUAUAGAAGUGCGUCUGUCGAAAAUGAGAAUGUUAUUUCAGCAAGCUUAGUAGAGAAGAAGAUGGCACCGACUGAACUCAUCAGAACUAGAAAAGUUGAUCCAGCAAAAGCAUAUGGAAGGCUAACUAGGACAACAAAGGUCAUUACAACACAAAAACUCUUUCUUCAUGGCAGAAAUAAGAAGGAACAGCAAGAUGGUGCAGCCAGGGAGAAAGAUAAGACGAGAGCCUGGGUCUAGGUAGUCCAUCAUAUGAGAACAUUUGCAUCCAAAAUGCAAAUUUAAGUUGAAAUUUAAGUUGUUCUCAACUGUAUCUUGUUGUUGAAGCCAAAAUGCACAUUUGCAUUGUAACUUAGAGAAGCAUUAUGAAUUUUAUGUUGAUUUUUAUCUGCCAAAAUACUUUUUGAGCAGAAUACAAAAUUCUUCUGCUGUUUUAUAUCAACUAGAAUUUGGAGUAA